AAGAAAACGGAGAUGUUUGAGAUUAGAGGGUUUCUUUGUGCUGUCGCUGUAUGUGGUGACUAUAGCUUAUGCGGAGGAGAAGCUGGGAGAAGGAAGAAUGGAGGAGUCUCCUUGCCUGAGUGCUGAAUUAGGGUUGCUACGGAACUGCUCCUGUGCACUUAUAGCAGCGUGAUACAGAGAGAACUAAGAGGGGACUUUCAACAGGGAGAAAAAGUCUUGGAGGGAAAGCUUUGCCUUCUCAAAUUUCUGCAUGUUGGGCUGCUGUUUAAACGCAUAGGAGCAAUGUCAGUAAAUUUGAAAAAGGUGGUAACCCGAGAGUGUAGGGGAAGAGUUGGAAGAAAAAGUCAGAAGGGGUCACUAUAGUCGGGCUUCUGGGUUGCCUGCUGUCUUCUAGAGCUGCUGCAUCAGGAAGUGGGGUGGGACGGUGAGGAAAGUAUUAGAAGCAUUCAUUGUGACCUUGGCAGCCCCAAAAGCUCUCCAAACGUCCUUGACUUUUGGGAGGGACCUGCAAGCCAGUGAGGUUUGGACACAGACAAGUGUUAUACCUGGGAGGCCUGAGCUCAAAGCCCAGGCCAGGGAUGGAUACAAUGGAUGGCCUUGAGCAAACUGCAUAUCUUUCAGUUUCAGAUCCUUGUUUAAGAACUUGGUGUAAUCUCACUUCAAACGUCACAUAGCAAAAUAAGUGUAUCUGCCACUACUUGUAACAAAUUGCAGAUAAUGCUGGAACAUGUACCCAUAUCAUAGUUGUGGUUGAGGGGAAAAUGUAUUUGCAUGAGUGUUGUUUUUACACAUAUAUGUAAAUAAUGUAAUGCAUGCAAGGGCUCAUAGUGAUCUAUUGUUCUUGAUCUGCUGUGCAGGAGGAUAAAUGAUAGAAGUGCCAAAGAAAGCAUCUAUAAUCAAGCAGCUGACAAUUACCACCCCACUAUCAUAAACACAAUGUUAUUCUACUAUAUAAUUAAGCAAGGAUGGCCCUUCCUGUUCAUUUGUUAAUUUGGAAAGAGGGUGAAGUGCCUUUUGUCUGCAUGAAGGAGGGAACAUGUUGUUCCCAGAGAGGAGAGCUGGUCUUGUGGUAGGAAGCAUGACUUGUCCCCUUAAGCUAAGCAGGGUCUGCCCUGAUUGCAUAUGAAAGGGAGACUAGAAGUGUGAGCACUGUAAGAUAUUCCCCUCAGGGGAUGGAACUGCUCUGAGCAGAGCAUCUAGGUUCCAAGUUCCCUCCCUGGCUUCUCCAAGAUAGGGCUGAGAGAGAUUCCUGCCUGCACCCUGGGAGAAGCCGCUGCCAGUCUGUGAAGACAAUACUGAGCUAGAUGGACCAAUGGUCUGACUCAGUAUAUAGCAGCUUCCUAUGUUGUGGCCGGAGAUUGACAGAACACUAAAUUAUGGCUGGGCAGAUAUCAGAAUCUGAUCAGAUUAAGCAGUUCAAGGAAUUUCUUGGGACGUACAAUAAACUGACAGAGACCUGCUUCCUGGAUUGCGUGAAAGAUUUCACUAGCCGAGAAGUCAAGCCAGACGAGAUGACGUGCUCAGAGCACUGCUUACAGAAGUACUUAAAAAUGACCCAGAGGAUAUCUAUGAGAUUUCAGGAAUACCAUAUUCAGCAGAACGAAGCUUUGGCUGCCAAAGCGGGACUUCUUGGGCAGCCUCGUUAGAAAGCAAGGGACGGUCUGUAUGAAGGAGUGCCAACGUUGAUUGCAUUGCACAUGAAGGUGUGCUGGUCUCCACUGCUGGUCGGGCAGCAACAUCCACCAGCUUGGAAUAGAACAGCUCAAUUGGACUAUGGAAACCAUCAGGGGCUUCAGCUGGGGUUGGCAGUAGCCAUGGAGCUAACGGAGCCUAUUUCAAGAUUGUCUUUUACUGUGCAGUGGAAUAAUGUUGAUGCCACCUUUUCUGGAGGCCUACAGGCUGGUUCUUCCAGCAACACAGUUGGAGAUGGGGAGGGAGGGAAAACACAUUGUUGUUGCUGUUUUCUUCCACAGUGACUGUUCAUUUUAAAACAGAAGUGUGAUCUCUGAGAAUUAUAUCCAAAAGUGUCAAAAGCAAAGUUUUAUUUUUUAUUUAAUCAAAGUAAAAUAAAUGGAAAUUACGGUUGGA